AUGUUCAAGCUUACUCGUGCUUUUGCUGUCGCCGCUGUUAUCAGCUCCAGUGUGCUCUGCGCACCUAUUCCUCAGGACGUUGGCAAGCCCACCAGCACUGGCCAGUCCGCCAAUCCAUUGGCUCACGCGAGCAGUGUAUUCGGCACCACCGCACAGGACCCCAACUAUCAGUCUCAUCCCACCGCACUUUGCAUCGUCCCUGACAUGGCCAAGGAUGCUGGGCUCUCACAAGGUCAGGAGCAGCUGGCAGCCAAGCAGGCACUUGGGCUUUGUCCCCAGGCAAAGACAAUUGCUGUCUCGUCAAAGAGCCCAAAGCGCAGCCGGCAAGUCCCCAACGGUGGCGCACCAGCACCUCCACCCGUCCGUGAGCCCCAGCCAGGUGCUCCUCACCCAGUUCGUUCUGUCAAUGACCAGCCUCCGAACGUGGGAGCUCCUCAGCCGCCACUCCCCAAGCCUGUUCCUGCUGCUCCCCAGCCACAUGUAGCCCGCGACCUCUCACCUCAUCCUGAGACUGUUCCUCACCUUUCACCUGAACUUUUUCCUGGAGCACCUCAUCAGGAUACCGCUCGUUCUCUCCCUGCCCCGGCGCCGGGCUCUCAAGCUCUGCACCAGCCGGAGCCUAUUCUCCUUCACCCGGCCGCUCGAUCUGGUACAGGGAAACCGCCAAAGGACGAGCACUCUCCACGUCCGCUGCCAUCGCCUGUUCCAGAAACCCCUCAGCCGCAUGCGGCUCGUGACCUUCCUCGCCAGCCGGAACCUGUGCCUAAGCCCGUACCUGUACCUCAGCCAGAGGCAGAGACCCAUCGCCCCAUCACUGCUCGCUUCGAGGCUCCGCAUCCGAGUUCUGAGGCGCCACCCCAGUCGUUUCCUCUCCCUGCUCACCCCGCUACAGUCCGCUCUAUUCCCGAGCAGCCCCCUAAGAUCGGAGAACCGGCUAAGCCUAUCCAAGGCGCUCCAGCUCCUCGUCCUGCUAUAGCUCGAUCUGAAGGUCAACCCCAGCCCGUCCCUCAGGCCCACCCCCAGCUCCAGCCGGCACCGGAAGUAACUCCUCAGCCAGAUACUCCUCGUCCUCAUGUAGCUCGCUUUGAAGAACCCCAUGUCCCGGGUCCUAACUCUGAGCUUCCGCACCAGCCAGUCCCUCAGUUGGGUAAACCUCUCCCGACUGGACACUAG